UGCUUAACAACCCCAAGACUUUCUUCUGUUUAUAUCCUGAUGAAUUGAUUUGCAUCAAAAAAACUGAUCAUCAUCACAUCAAUACUAAUCGGAUAAGGAGAGGAGCUAUGUCCAAGUUUGAUCCGUACGAGUUUCUGAAGGUCGCCUGCAAUCCCGAUGGCACCUUUACCCGCAACAUGGUCGAGCGCCAAAGUGAUGCCGAACCUGACGAGUCCUCUGGCGUGACCGUCGUGUCCAAGGAUGUCACUUUCAACAAGGAGAAGAAUGCUUGGGUCCGACUCUACAGACCCACCAAGAUCCCAUCCAAUGAUGGGACCGCUGUGAGGCUACCGAUCGUGAUUUACUUCCACGGUGGUUUCUGGAUCCAUGUCACUGCGCGGGACACCGUGUGUCACGAGUUCUGCAAAUCUGUUUCCACAAUGCUCACCGCCAUAGUUGUUAGCGUGAACUAUCGGCUAGCACCGGAGAACCGCCUCCCAGCUCAGUAUGAGGAUGCAGUGGACGCGAUCCAUUGGGUCCGGGACCAAGGGAUGCCACAUAACCUAAAUCCUGAACCAUGGCUCCACAACUAUGGCGACUUCUCCAGGAGCUACUUGUACGGAAUGGGGACUGGAGGCAAUGUAGCGUUCUUUGCUGCCCUGAGAAUCGGGGAAACAAACUUGGAACCCAUGAAGAUCGAUGGUCUAAUUCUAAGCCAGCCUAUGUUCGGAGGCCUUCAGCGCACCAAAUCCGAGAUCCGUUUCGCGACCGACCCUUUACUUCCUUUACCGGCGCUAGACUUGAUGUGGGAGCUGACCCUGCCUAAAUGGGUGGACAGGGAUCACCGAUAUUGUAACCCGUUAAUCGAUGGCACGCACAAGGACAAGUUGAGGCAGCUGCCCCGGUGUCUAGUAGUUGGGUUUGGGAUGGACCCGUUGAUCGACCGGCAGCAGGAUUUUGUGACGAUGCUUGUGAUGGCCGGCGUCCGUGUGGAGGCGAGGUUUGAUGAGAUUGGAUUCCAUGGGAUCGACUACGUGGACACCCGGAGGACCGACGCUGUGAUCGGGGUCGUUAAGGAAUUCAUGCACUGAGAACUCUGCCAAUAUCUAAUUAUAUAGAAGCAUUGUGACAGCACAUUGUGAGAAAUAGUUUCUAGCCAGGCUGUAUUCAAUCGACCAGAUACAUAGUGAAUAUGAAACUAUUGUUCAAACAUGUUCGGAUGUUGAUACAUCUUUUUAUAGGCUUUCCCCAUC